UCAGUCGAAAAUCUGUCAAAAGUGCAUUCACUUGUCAAAAAUUUGUGCUUUGUUGUUUGUUUACUUUAAAAACAUUGAAAAUAAAAUCUUUAUUGAGAUUUUAGAGUGAAUUAUUGAAAUAGCUUGCCUCUAACAAGGCCUCUAAUUGAAUAUGGGCCAGGGCAAAAGCCAGUUCACAGAGGAAGAACUUCAAGAUUACGAGGAUCUCACGUAUUUUACUAAAAAGGAAGUGCUCUAUGCCCAUCAAAAGUUCAAAGCCCUGGCCCCAGAAAAGGUGGGCCACAACAAAAACGCAAAACUGCCGAUGGCCAAGAUUCUCCAAUACCCUGAACUGCGAGUGAAUCCCUUCAGAGACAGGAUAUGCAAGGUCUUCAGCUCCAGCAAUGAUGGGGACUGCACAUUUGAAGACUUCCUUGACAUGAUGUCUGUGUUUAGUGAAAAUGCUCCUAAGGCUGUGAAGGCUGAACAUGCAUUUAGGAUUUUUGACUUUGACGGUGAUGACAUGAUAGGUGUAUCAGACCUGCGUGAGGUGAUAGAACGGCUCUGUGGUCCAGAGCUCAAACUCAGUGACUCUGAAAUACAGCAGCUGGUACAGAAUGUUCUAGAAGAAGCCGACCUUGAUGAUGAUGGUGCACUGUCAUUUGCAGAGUUUGAACAUAUCAUUGAUAAAAGCUCAGAUUUUUGUCACUCCUUCAGGAUAAGACUGUGAAGAAAAUUAGCCAUUAUCCAACUUUUAUAUAUAAGCAUAUUAUUUUGUCAUAAAUGAGCUAACAAUUUCCAUGAAAUCCUUAAAGAGUUGAAAGAAAUUGAAUCAUGAGCAUGUAGUUACCUAAAUAAUAUAAUGCCAUAUUAUUAUGUUAUCUAUAACUAACAUUUUAAGAGUUAAGAUGGGAUAUGGAAACAAAUGUAGAAAUUGGUUACUAGUGGGGAUGGUGCCUACUUGUCAAAUCAGCAACUUUUUAUCAAACAUCAAAAUAGUAUGGGAGCUUGUAUGAAAUACAUAGAUGUGCCAUCAUAAACAUUUGACAUACUUUUUUAGUAAAAUUGAUAAUUUAAAUUGCUUAGCAAACUUAAUACUAACAGUGGAAAUGAAUUUUACAUGAAACCCUCAUUCAAAUUAAUAAGGAUUAAUUUAUUUUUGAUAUAGGCUCCAGUCCAAUUAGACUGUUGUACCAAACUGUACCAAGACAGAUAGCUUUCAAAUUGCAUUAUUGCAUUUUCUCAAAAAUAAAGCAUUGUGGCUUGGUACAUUUGGCAUAACAGGAUCCAAUUAGAGUCAGGAACCACUUUUGUUUCAUGGUUUGUUCUGUUUAUCCAUUUGGUGAAUAAAUCCAGGACUUCUAAAAUGAAGAUUAUUGUUUGCACUGCUACACAUCAUGAUCAGCUCAUUUAUGACAAAAACCUUCUAAUCUCAAUGUAUCUCACAUAUUUAAGACUUUAAAAACGUUCUUAUGAAACUUUUGUGUAGUCUUCCUUAGUUAAUUUUUUGUUUAGCCAAAUCUAUGAGUGUUUAUCUUCUCGAUCUGUGUUGUGAUCUAUUUGUAUUUUAUAAAAAAAGUUUACUUAUAUUAUUUCUCAAGUACUAGAUUGUAUUGUACUCAAUGAAACUGCCAAAUAUUUGAUAGGAUUAUUAUAUUUGUUUAGUGAAACUUAGUUUUAAUAAAUGAAAUAUCUUCCA